AUGUUUAAAGACUUAGGAUAUCAAUUAUUAAUUAAAUGGAAACUUUGGAAAGUAUUGAUAAUAAUAUUUCCAUUUACAUUUAUUUAUGGAAUAUAUCUGCUCUUUGUAGUAUCUUCAAAUUCAGAUAGAAAUUCAUUUGAUGGAAGUCAAUUAAUUCAUGUAGAGGUCAAUAAAUAGUUAAGUUAAACAUUAAGUCUGGCUGUUGAAUAAUAUAUGAAAGAAUUUAGUAAUACAAGUGAUAUUCAUUAAUUAUUGAUGUAAAAACUAAGUAAUCUUGGUUUGGAGACAUUUUAUUAAUAGAAGUAUAAUAAUGUAAUAGCAAAAUUGAAAGCACCAAGAAGUCCAGAUUAUGAAUGUAAUUUGAUAUCAUUUGAAUAUAAUGAUGAAUCUCCUAAUAUAAAAAUUAGAAGUAUUGCAUAUGUGUUAUCACUAAUUAAGCUAUUUUAAUCAGAUUGUAUUAAAAUAUAUUAUUAUUCUUAGAAAUCAAUUAUUUAUCAAGAGAUUUAAUAUUUGUAGGUUAUCAUUCAAAAUAUAAAAGAUAUGGAUAAGGAAUCACAGCAUUUUUAGAAGAAUAUGUAAAUCCUUAAGAAGUAUCUUUUAUGCCUAGAUCAGGUACUAUUAGAUCAUCGAUUAAUAUUAAUCUUGAUGAUAAAUUUGAUUCUAUUGCUUUGAAAGUAUUUGGAUUAAAUGGUAAAGUGUCAGAUAGAGAUUAUUACAAUAGUAUUAAUACAAUUAUGGAGAGACAGAAUUUUUAUUAUUAAUUUACAGAAACUAAUUAUUAUUGGAUGUAAUAAUUUGAAAAGUACUUAGAAAAGGAAAUAAGAACAUAUUGGAAAUUAUUACAAUUAGAUUCAAUAUAUUAGAUACCUUAAAAAAGAUUGUUAUAUAUGGAUCCUUAUUUUUCAAAUUAAAUUGAAAUGUUUUAAGGAGAUUUACAUGAAGCUCAUUCUUAUAUUAUGAAAUAUGGAAUCUAUUCAUUAACAUUAAGAGGAUAUAAUACUUAAAAUAAAGAUGAUUCAAAUAUACUUACUAAUAAGUUGUUAUAAGUAGGAGAAGCAAGUAUUAAAGCAUUAAUGGCAAAUGAUGAAUUCAUUCAUUCUGGUUCAACUCUAUAUAUACCAUUAAAUAAAAGUUCAACAUUGACUAUAUAGAAUUAUUGUUUGCCUUAUGUAUUAGUAAUUUUGAGUUGUGCCAUAUUUGCUAUAAAAUCUGUUUAUAGUAGAUGGCAUUUCAAUUUAUUUAAUGAUGAUAAAAAUGAAUUGGGUAGAUGCAAUUCAAUGGUUGCACAUAAAUCAAUAAUUGAAAUAUUUAUGGGAUUUACUUUAUGUUUUAUACCUAAUAUUAUAAGUUAUAUAGAUAACUAAUAAUUUGAUUAUUUUAAUUAAUAUUUUACAAUAAUGUUGGUCAUAAUAGUAAUUUAUUUGAUGAUUAUAUAUACUACUAGGAGAUGGAUUUUUGGAUAAUAUACAUUACCUCGUAAAGAAAGUGUGGCAGAAUGGUUAUGGGUUGAAUUAGUGAUUCAAGUGUGUUUUGUUAUGAUGUAUGCAGGAAUAGUUUAAAUACCAAUAGCUACUUUUAUUGCUAUUUUCUUAGGUCCUUGGUUUUUCUUUAUUUAACCAUUAAGAUUUAAACGUAUUAUAUAAUAUGUUAUUUUAGCUAAUUUCAAAUUUUUAGAUAUAUUUUCAUAUGUAAUAAAUUUACUAUUUUUAUAUGGAUAUUUUUAGAUAUUAUUAUAUUUUGGAUUUGAUUCUAUGUUCACAUAUUAUAAAGAGGUGGUUGUUAAUUAUAAUAAAGUUGGAAUAUAUUUGUUUUAUUAUUUAAAUGGGGGAUUGAUUCCAUCUUUAAUUAGAUUUGCUGAAUUGUUGUUAUUUUGA